AUGUAUAGGCAGACACUUACUGAAGAACAGUUGAUAAUCAAUGAAAUAAAGACUGGCAAAGAUGGCAAAAUCAAUGGAGACAAUUUAGAUAUCAGAGUGUCCACAGCUGAUAUGAGACUAAGUUCUAGGGAGAAAGAUUUUCAUUUUUUUGCUACAGACUGGACACCCUACCGAGUUGAGGCCUCAUCAUUACCAAAUGACAAACCUUUAUGUAAUAUAGAUGAAGUAAACAUCCACUCAGUUUUAUUGAAUGAAAAUGAGAAAGCAAAGUUUAAACAAGAUUUAAAGAUUCUUAUUGCUCAAGAAAUGGUUGACGUAUUCCAUUGUUUCAAGUGGAUGAACUUAGUUUUGCCAAAAAAUAUUCCACAUGAAUAUGAAGAAGAAAUAAACCUUAAUAUCCCAAUUGGUGGUGACCAAUUAACUAGAGUUAGAUUAGAAGGUGCCAAAAUGCUGCUAGCUGGAUCACAUACUAGGAUAGAAAGAUGUGAAAAUUUAUCACCAGUUGUUAUUGAAUUUUUUCAUACUUUACAAGAUUUUCUGGAGAAACUCUGUAAGAAAUUUCUGAUUAUAAAUAAAUCCAGGGAUAAAGGAACUCUUGCACAUCUCAGAGUUAUUAUUCAAAGAAGCAAUGUGAAUGGUCAAGUUAAAAGUAGAUUUAAACAACAUGAAGAUUUCAUUUCAACAGUUGGAAAGGCAUAUCUUAUGGAAAUGGUUCAAGAGUACUUUGGUAUUGAAAAUGUUGAUUCUUUUCCGACUAAAAACACACCACCAAAGAAUGUAGAAUUUUUUCAUGAAAAACGUCGGCAAAUGGUAAAGGGGGUUAAAGGAAAAAACAAAGCAGCAUAUGUGGAAAAAGAGAAUCAAGUCAAGUACCUGAAAGAAUUAAUAAGAGGUUUAGGACGUUGGAAAACUGAAGAUAACAUUUCUAGAAUAACAAAAGCUGGACCAGUUGUUAAAUUAGUUUCAGAUAAUUUUGAGUCACUAUUAGAUGUUAAAGGAUAUUCUACCACUCAUAAAGUAAAGUCAUCCGAGGAAGACUUAAAAGCAAUUCAAAAAGAAUUAACAGAGCUGCAACCUUUCAAUAAAACUUCUGACAGAACCUUAGAUGCAUUCAAAUAA